CCAGAAAAAAUAGCUCUCAACAACCUGUGUGAAGUAUCAACAAACUGUUUUUCAGGUCAGGCUACAUGCGAACUAGUGACAGACACUGAGCAAUUUGCCGUUACAUGUUUAACGAUGACACAGUAUGAUGUCAGACAGUUUACAUUUAUAUCUGAUGAUGUUGCUCUUGUUCAGUGGAGAUACAGAAUGGCACAGGCUGCUAAAACUAAAAACAUAAACAUAUUUGUCGGAGUCUUUACUUAUGCUUUAUGAUAUGACUCUGAACAACAAGACACAGUUGAAAUGCAAAGGAAUCACUCUAAAUGCACGCAAUGCAUCCGUUGUCACACACGACACCCUAGUGACUCUUGUGUACGAGUUUGCGACUUGUGACAGACAGCACAAAAUAUAAUGACGAUAUCAAACACAAUAGUGAGGAAUAAAAAGGCAUUUGAGCUAAUAAGCAAUCAGUUUGUUAAAAGGUUUCACGUGGUGUACACCAUACACUGGGUCUUCUCUAGUCGGACAACUUUACCCCACAGCUAUUAAAAUGGGCGGUAGAGAGAUUGUUGAUUUUAGAUUACAGCAUCCAUUUAGUCAAAUUUUAUCAGGGCCAUCAAAUAGUGGAAAGACUUAUUCUGUAAAAAUGUUGAUUGAAAAUGCUGAAAAACUGAUAUAUACUGAAAAUAUUGUAUAUAUUUAUUCAUGCUGGCAGCAUGACGAUCUGUUAAAAAUUAGAAAUGUGAAUUUUAUUGAAGGUUUACCUUUGUCUUUAUGUGAUGAUGCAUUGUUACCUGUAAAUAAAAACAAUAUAUUGAUUAUUGAUGAUUUGAUGACUGCCGCUAGUAAUAAUGUUGAGGUGCAAAAUGUAUUUACAUUUUAACUGACUGGAUACAUUUUUAAUUGUAUAUCUUUGAUUGUUUUUAAAUAAAGACAAAAAGAAGCAGACAGUUAUCAUUGCAGAGUCGUUUAUUUAGAUCCACAAGGCAAUAUCAAAACUUAUUGUAUAUGUUUACAUUUUAUUUAACAUGUUUACACUAUGAUACACACUACAUAUACUUACUACUACUUACUUACUUUACACACGUUUAAAAGAACUGAUUGGACACAUCUAAAAAACAUAUUUGUAAUACAUGCAGCCGAGGGACGUAUUUUAUUCACAAAUUUACAAACCAAAAAAUAAUUUUCAGACAAAUUAUUACUUUAUUUUAUUAUUAGAUCAUCAUAAUAGGUAAGUUAACCCUUUAUCCAUAUGGUAAAUCAAAUGUAGCAUAGAUAACCUCUAUAUCAAAACUCUAUAUCAUAAUGAUUAAAUGUAAAUGGAUUACGGGCAUAAGUACCUGUAAACACGUCAUAAUCUACAAUAAAUUUAGGUAUCUGUUCAAGAAUAUAUUUUCUUGAUUACAAACCUGAGUGCCCUUAGGAAUGCUAAAACUUUUGCACCAUAAACAGAUCUAAUUAGGAAUGAACACAUUCUUUCAACAUAUCAUGUACCAAAGCCAUUCCUCUCUUGUCUUACAACGUUUUGCCGACUUGCUUCUCCUUGCAUGUGUAUUUUUUCUGGUCUUAGUAUCGCUCUUCUUAUUCAAUAUUCGGUGACCCCUCUUUGGUUGGGAACUCCCCCUUUGUCCAGGCCGAUGUUUUAUUGGUCAAUGUGAUAUUGCCAUUAUUCCUGACCCCUCUUGCUGUUUGUUGCUAUGACUCAUGACUUUGGUGAUAACAUCAGAAACAAUGUUUUUAGCUGCUGUCUUUAAAUGUCGUCCUGCAACGGUAAAUCCUUUCUUGAGCAGGGGAACCGCUAGUCUUAACAAGCCGUGAAAAACACCCCCAAGACCAGCCCCAUAUUGAGAACCAAGGCCGCUGUAUCCUGCUAAAUCACCACCUGCUUGCGUUAUAUAGUAUGCAAUGUAUUUGUCCGUAUUGUGCAUAUGCGAUUGAUACAUGGUCACUUCUUGUCUAAAAGCAAUGUUUUGCGGGUCGGAAGUGUAGUUUUAUUAUUUUUCCGUAUGUAAAAGGAAUAUGUUGAUUCUGAUCUGACUUGAGAGAUAUUUCAAUGCAGUCGAUGUAUGUUUUACAGAGCCUAAGGUAGUGUGGUCUGUCGUACGUCCUUGUGAUCAUAUGAUUGUUUGGUCCUCCAAUAUGUACGAUUCUUUCAUAACGUUGUUUACAGGUAUACACUUUUCAAAAACAUCAAUAUAGGCAUUUGUAUUUUUACUGAGAAAAGAUUCUACUAAACAUUGCAUUACAUUAUCAACAUCCACAUGCUUUCUGUUUAACAUCAACACACACAGAUCAAUACUAAAAGAUAAAAAAAAACAUGCAUGACCCAUGUGGAAUUCAUUAUCAUUCAAAGGAAAACAAUUAACAACAUUGACUAGAGUAGAUUUCACAUCUGCAUAUUUAUCUGCAAUCACUUGUACCAUAGCAUGCCAAUCCUCUGUCACUUGUGACAUAUUCAGUCUCUUUUUCAAAUCUAGGACAACAUAGUAAUCUAUCAGUGUCACAUACUGCAUUAUUAACAGCAUCACACAACAAAGUUCUCAUCUUAUACAUGACACAUUUCUUUUUGAGAUAGUUUUGCAGACUAGAUACGUUCCACGUUAUUCUGUAGUGUUUUUUCCACUCCAAAUGUUCAGAGAAUCCUUAAUUUCAGUAUUCACUCUAUUAGCCACUGGUUCAUCAACCAUUUCUGCUAAGCAUCUGCAGCAAUGUCUCGAAUGUUGUACGUAAAGGUGAUACGAUCCCAAGACAGUCCAGUACAUAUGCUUGUGCAUCUGCAUAAUUUUCAUUAAAAAUCUCUUGCUUAAUUUCUCCCAGAUGCCCUUUGUUAUAAUGCAAGGGAAGUAUGUCAAUCAGUCACACUGUCUGUAUAGUUCACCGUUAUAAACUAUCUUUGUGAAGAUAAACCUCACAAAGGUUUUCUGCAGGGAUAUUAAAUUAUUUAAUACAAUUACACCAAAUAAACUGGUAACUCAUUGUGUAAAAUCUGUUCUAUGUAUGCUCUUUAUUUCUUUAUUUCUCUUUUUUUCGCCCUACUUUUUUUUGGUCUUGUUUUGUUGUUUUUUUUGUCUUUGUUUCUAUAUUUCCACCUUCAGGAGGGUUCUUGAUUCCAUACCUCCUCAUGCUGUUUCUGGAGGGUGUUCCCUUAUUCUGUUUGGAGCUUGCCAUUGGUCAGAAGAUGAGUCUAGGCAGUAUCGGGGCAUGGACUGCCAUCAGCCCGUAUUUGGGAGGAGUGGGUCUUGCUGGUGUUGUGACAUCCCUGUAUCUGUGUCUCUAUUACAACAUCAUCAAUGCAUGGAGUUUCUGUCAGUCCUGCCCUGGGCAGACUGCCCCAUCAAUUACAACCAGACAGGACCUAUAGAGGAGUGUGAAAGGGCCACACCCACCCAGUACUUCUUCUACAGGGAAACAUUGGACAUCUCUUCUUCUAUUGAAGAGAAUGGAGGCAUUCAUGCAGGCCAGGCACUGUGCCUCCUGCUUGCCUGGGUGAUUACCUACCUGUUCAUUGUCCGAGGAGUAAAGUCAACUGGAAAGGUGGUGUACUUCACAGCCACAUUUCCAUAUGUGGUCCUCUUUAUCUACCUGAUCCGGGGCAUCACUCUUCAUGGUGCCAUCAAUGGUGUCAAAUACAUGUUCACACCCAAGAUGGAACAGCUUGCCAACCCUGCUACAUGGAUCAAUGCGGCCACUCAGAUCUUUUUCUCUCUGGGUUUGGGUUUUGGGUCACUCAUAGCUUUUGCCAGCUACAACCAGUACAAUAACAACUUUGAGCGCCAGGCCAUCAUUGUUUCCCUCAUCAACAGUGGAACCUCCAUCUUUGCCAGCAUUGUCACCUUUGCUAUCUAUGGGUUCAAGGCCACCGUCAACUAUGAGAACUGCCUGGAGAGGACACGCUUACUGCUGCUGAAUGCCUUUAAUCUAGCAGAGGACAGUAUCACCAUGGACAGUGUCUUUGAGUGGAUUGAGAAGCUGAACACAACAUACCCACAGCAGUUUGCUGAACUUGCCAAUAAACUGGAAAAUUGUAACCUGGAGAGUGAACUAGACACCGCAGUAGAAGGGACAGGUCUGGCCUUCAUAGUGUACAGUGAGGCCAUUAAGAAUAUGCCAUUGUCUCAGCUGUGGUCAGUGCUGUACUUCAUCAUGCUCCUGCUGUUGGGAAUGGGCAGCAUGCUGGGAAACAUCACUGCCAUCAUCACCCCACUACGAGACUUCAAGGUUGUGUCCCACAUGAGCAACGAGUUGUUAAACGGUUUAGUGUGUUUGUUUUGUCUGCUGCUCGGCCUGGGAUUCACCACCACGUCAGGGAAUUACUGGUUUACCAUGUUCAAUGACUAUGGAGCCACUUUCUCCCUACUGUUCAUCGUCCUCACCGAGGUCAUAACUGUCAGUUACAUCUAUGGAAUUAAAAGGUUUGAAAAAGACAUAGAAGACAUGCUCGGUCAUCGUCCCAACUGGUACUGGAAGGUAAUGUGGUCAGGAACUAGUCCCCUUCUCCUUAUUGCCCUUUUCAUUUUCUACAUCAUCAACUACAUCAAGGGAGGGACACCCACCUACCAAGCAUGGAACAAAGAGCUGGGUAAGUCAGUGGUGUUGGAGUAUCCUGUCUUUGGCCAGCUCUUCAUCGGGCUGCUGCUGGUGUCGUCAGUCAGCUGUGUUCCCCUCACAGCUCUGUAUGUCUACUGCAGGAAGAGGAAACAUGGAAACCAUCAUAAGAGGCAGCAUACUGUCAGCACAGUAUCUGCUUAGUGACCAGAUGAUGACAGGAACUAACCUUCU